AUGGCUUCAAAGAUCAACUUCUCACAAUUUCUCCUCCUCCUCUUCCUAGCACACUAUCCAUUUGUAAAUGGAGACACCACUUUAAUCAAAAGCACUUGCAAGAACACCAAGUACUACAAACUGUGUUUCUCUUCUCUCAAAUCCAACCCUACCAGUCCAAACGCAGACACAAAGGGCUUAGCUCUAAUCAUGGUUGGUAUUGGAAUGACAAAUGCCACUUCCACUUCUUCAUACUUGUCCUCCAAAUCUCUCACACCUACCAACAACACUACUCUACAAAGGGUCCUCAAAGAAUGUGCAGAUAAGUACUCUUAUGCUGGUGAUUCUCUCCAAGCUUCAGUGCAAGAUUUGGCUGGUGAAGAAUAUGAUUAUGCUUACAUACACAUCACUGCAGCUAAAGAUUAUCCAAAUGCUUGUCAUAAUGCAUUCAAAAGGGUUCCUGAUUUGGUUUACCCUCCUGAGAUUGCUAGUAGAGAAAAAGGUUUGAAGCAUAUUUGUGAUGUGGCUAUGGGGAUCAUUGAUAAUCUCAUUAAUUUGUAG